CCCCUCAUUUCUAGUUAUUCUCUUUUCUCCCCUAUAAGAGAAGACUAGAAAUAAUAAGUCUAAUAAUAUUGUUGAUUAUUAAGGAUAAUAAUGUCAAGCCCUUUAACUCUUCUUCUGCAAUGGCUGUCCUUCUUCCUAAUAUUCUGUCAAAUCUUUUAUGCAUCUCAAGCUGAUUUGGGAACAGCAAGCCAGUAUAGCCCACCAUACACACCUAGUGCAUGUUAUGGGAGUGAUUCAACACAAUUCCCAUCAAGCAACUUUUUUGCAGCAGCUAGUGAAGGUAUUUGGGACGAUGGAGCUGCCUGUGGAAGACAAUAUUUGAUAAGUUGCAUUAGCUCUGUUUUGCCCAAAGCUUGUAAAUCAGGAGAGACUAUUCAGAUCAAAAUAGUUGAUCGCGCACAAAAUCUAACUUCAACCUCAACAAAACAAAGAACCACUAUGAUCCUUUCUAAUGCCGCUCUUGCUGCAAUUGCUGAUUCCAAUGCCCCUUCUCUUAACAUCGAUUUUCGACAGGUCUAGAAGGGGGAAAAAAAAAACAAGAAGUGUUUGAAGUUGAAAAGAAUCAUUUGGAAGAAGAAAUUGUAUUUAGACAUGAAUUUCACUCGAACAAAAAAAAAAUUAAAAUUUUGUAAGUAAAUUACCAUUUCACUUAAAAUAGACCUUAAUUUUAUAAAAAAGUUUAAGUUAGAAUUGAGAAACAAAAUACAAAAACAAUCGUUUGAUUUGUAAAUAGUAUGUCAUUAUUUGCAAAUAAUUAGUGUAUAUAAAUGUACCAAAGGCAACAAUAUGUUGAGCUUGCACUUUUUACAUACCCGGGUUAUCAUUAGUGAAUCGUAUGUAUAUUAAUUAGCCA